AAACUAAUAACCGCUCUACAGCCAAAUAUACACUGCCUAGCCAAAAUAAAGGUCACACGCCUGUGGGGGGCAGUGCUAUGAUCUGGGGUUGCUGCAGUUGGUCUGGUCUAGGUUCAGCAAUGUUAUGUGCCCAAAGAAUGAGGUCAGCUGACUACCUGAAUAUACCGAAUGACCAGGUAUGGAUUUUUUCAUCCCUGAUGGCACGGGCAUGUUCCAAGAUGAUAAUGCCAGGAUCCAUCGGGCUCAAAUUGUGAAAGAGUGGCUCAGGGAGCAUGAGACAUCAUUUUCACACAUGGAUUGGCCACCAGAGUCCAGACCUGAACCCGAUAGAGAAUCUUUGAAGACUUUGCACAGUGGUCCGAAUCUCCAGUCAUCAAUACAAGAUCUUGGCGAAAAAUCAAUGCAAGACAGAAAUAAACGUUAUGACAUUGCAGAAGCUUGUGGAAACGAUGCCACAGUGAAUGCAUGCCGUAAUCAAAGCUAAAGGCGGUCCAACGAAUAUUAGAGCGUGUGACCUUUCUUUUGGCCAGGCAGUGUAUAACUGAGGUUAUAUGGGGGCGUCAAGACCAAACAACCCUGCAACACAAGAGUAGUCACAACUAUACUAACUGUGCUCAAAAUGUCCCACAGGAGGGCUGGUCAGUGCUCUGGGUCAGCUGCCUGUAACUCAACCACGGUCCCCUCCCGUCACAUGGUAAUCCAGUUUGAAUUCCAGUGAGGUCGUCAGGUGACAUCCCUUAAGAGCACCUAAAGCAGAAGUGCAUCACACUCUGAGGUAGUGGAAGCAACACAACAAGAGUACUUUUAACCAAUCCUACCAUCAGCUGAUUGUGUCUACAGGAGAUACCACCUGCAGAUAAAAGCCUCACACCUUGUUGGAAAGUAAAGCAACAACACUGACUUCUGUCCUGGACAUCAGUGUUUAAACCUGUGAGCUGUCCAAGAGAAACUCCACCUGCUGCUCUUCACCAAAGAGAUGGAUUCCCUCAUGUCGCUCGGUGCUCCUCUGAAGCACUUCACCAGCUGUGUGUCUGGGAAAAAACCCUCCACUAAGAGAGGGGUCAAGGGCGGGCAGUGUGUCCGCAGGAGCAGCUUCACCCGCAGGAGCAGCAUCAGCGUCAGCAGGAGGAGAAGCCUGCCCUGCAGCAGCCAGAAAGUCCCCGACUCCUGGCUCAGAUUGUACCAGGAGGAGCUGAAGAGGGAGAGGAAACAGCAGCAGGCCAAACUUGCCAAGAAGAAUGCCCAGAGGCCGGUCAGGAGAACUCAGUUCAGGAGCCAACACUGCCUCCCAAGGCAGACCAACUGCGCCAGGAAGCCGGCCCCUGUGAAGGACGACUCCUUUUUCGGAGCGUUUCAGGGCCUCAGUCUGGACGAGCUGCUGGGGAGCAGCACUUCAUCUCCUGCUGCUGGAGGAGAUCAGUGCAAAGUCAUGUGAGCGCUGACAUGUCACGACAACCAAAUGGUCUUCAUUAUCAAGAGACUGAAAGGACAGAGGGCUCACGGAGGAAAGGAAAAGGCCAAUAUAUCUGGCUGUCUUUGUUUCGUUCAGUUGAUAUUAAUUAAUAGUUGAUAAUUAAUGUUCAUGAUGGUUGUUUGGCAUUAAACUCUGUAUCUACUUGUUUUUUGUGAAAACUGAUAUGUAAACAUUGAGUAAAUCUUUGACACAUUGA